AUGGCUGAGAGCGCCUCUUCUUGCAGGGGGCCCCCGGGGGCCCCCUACGCGUCAUCCUGCAACCCCGUGGCCUUCAGCUCCGUAAAGAGCCAUGGAACCGUCUGGAGAGCGAACCUUACAAAGGCUGCAGCCUUCUGCACAACAGUGGCAAGUGCGACCUUGUCAAGGGAUGGCCGGCAGCUGGCUCUCUGCGAUGGCAGCACGCUUCUUACCCUCGAUGUAGCGGCAGCAGCAAAUUCUGAGGCUGCAGCGCCCUAUAGAGGGUCGCUCGCCUCUCCAGUCGGCCUCUUGCGAGUCUCAGAAUGUCCAGCAGCCGCCGUGUCUCCUCCGAAGAGCUCGCCUACGGAGGCUCAUGGGGAAGGCCUCGUCAGGGGCCCCUCGCAGGUUCAGCAGACAGUUAGACAGAUGCUGACGGCUACACACACCCUGGAUCAGAACCGUCGCGUACACUGCAUCUGUUGGCUCCCCCCCUUUCCCAUAUCGGAAUUUACGCAACCCGCACUAAGGGGGCCCUCCGGUAUCAGCCGGCGUUGUAUUGCCGGGUUGCGGGGCGAUGCCUGCCGGUGUUUGGCUGUGACGACGCGGGACGGCAGCGUCUCGCUGUGGCUUCACAAAGAGAAGGAACUCCCGCUUCCCCAGGCCCUAACCCUUGCUGUCGACUUGGGCGCUGCAUGGCGGCAAUACAAUAGCGUCGAGACCUCACACCAGAGGCUCCUAGCUGGCCCUCUCGUGCAUAGCUGGCACUGUGUGCUUUCGACAGCGCAACAAGGCAGUAACGGAGGCCAUCACUGCGUACUGAAUCCGUUCAGGGUCUCCUUGAGCAGUUGCGGGGCGGCCGCAGGGCUGGAAGACCCCCUUGUUGCCGCACCCGCUGUUGCUCUCUGCUGCCCAUGCCCCCGAAACCGCCCGCAACAAAAAGACGCGGCAGGGAGACAACCCGAUGUCAGCAGGAUCAGCAACAGUGCCGCCGCCAGUAGCAGGGGCACUGACACACUCACUGGCUACGGUGUCUUCAGCGGUUCACUUGUUGCAGUGGCAUCGCGCAGUUUCAUUGCGCUCUUCCUGGUUAGCGGAUCCCGUAUGAGUCACAGCACCUGCGAAUCAUCGCCGGCCGUCGAUAGCACUAGCAACACCAACACUCUCAGCGGCCUUCGCAAGGGGAAGAUGGGGCCUUCGCCUCCUGGUGACCCUUGUGAGCCUGCACCCUCUCGGUUGAAGUAUCAGUAUCCAGCGGCCCCUAAGCGCUCCCUUUCCAUUUCAAAAGCUCUUGAGAAACAAGAGGACGAUGUGGGCCUGGGACGGCGACCCCGCCGUGCAGCUACAACGAGGGCGCGCGCUGCAGUCAGCGCUGCGCUCUCCGCUGAGCAGUGUAGUGAUGCCGAGGCUACAGCACAGCAACCAGUGGGGAGUCAAAGAGGUGGCAGAGGGAGGAAUCAUGCGGCUAGGAGCGGUGUGAGGACUUCCUUUUCGCACGAUACCGGGCCGCCUUCAAGCGUCACAGAUAACGGAGAGGCGCCGGUUGUUGAAUCACCCCGUGGACGUGUUCGUGGAGCUGCCGUAUCUGGUGAAGGGAAGGGUCCGCGGCAAGGCGGAACCAGGAAAGGCACCCUUCGGAGAAAAAAGCGGCAGAAAGAGACCUCAGGGUCCUCAGCGUCGUCUCCCAGCUUUGUGGGAUCUGAUCCACCCAGCAGCAGCAGCAGUAGCGCUAGCCUUACUGAAAGCAGCAGUGUAGAAAUUGGGGAUAGCGACUCAGGAGAGGAUGCCGAUAGCAAGGCCCCACCCCGUAAGAGGAAACAGGAGACGCAGAGUGUGCAGGUCUCACGAAAACGUGCAGUCGCAGCAGCAGCAGCAGCUGCUGCUGCUGCAGAGUCAAGUGGCGGAGCUUCCUCGAAGCUCACUGCGGAGGCAGAGCAGCGGCAGCAGAGGUGGCGCCGAGCAGCAGGUGCUGCAGUUCAGGUAGGAGAUCUAGAAAGGGCUUCUGCUACAGCUGGGUUGCUGCAGCCCCUUUUACUCACGGUCCUAGCCAUUCCGAGGCCGGACAGCGCUCGCAGCAACGACAGUGACAGCACAAGCCAUGAUUGCGAGUGGGCAUCUCCUUCACCCCCCCUGCUGGGUGUUAUAACAGACCUAGCCGUGAGCCGUAUUCAUGUGCGGCGUGUCCAUGUGGCGGGAGCCACGCAGGUGCCCUCAGGGAGUCUCCGACAAACGGAAAUUAGUGAAUGCUUUACCGGCGAGGCACCGAAUCUAUCAAAUGAUGCCACUGAGCAGUCUUCCUCAUCAGAAGGAACAGCCACUUGCUGCUCCUGCCAAGUCUUCGCUGCUCUCAGUAGUGGUGCUAUGUGGAGUUUUGGCUGCGCCUUCGAGUUGUGGGCUACUCAACGGGAGACCCUGAGCCCUACUGCUGUAGGAGGCCACUCGGAUACGGAGUUCGUCAUAGGGGCGGUUACUGCAGCAGAGCCGCAGCUGUUGUUCCCUUCCGUGGGAAUCCCUAGCGGAUUUUUGCAGCUGGCAGACAUUAGUGAUGCGCUGCUGUCCGUGGAAGACACGGGACACAUAUCAUCGGCAGCAGCGCCAGCAGAUAGAGGUCAGGCAUCUGUAAUGCCAAGCUCUUUAUUACCGAUUCAUCAGCAAGGACAGGAUGAUGCGCUUCUGUCCAGCUGGCAGGUCGCUGCAGCUAUCUGUGGGUCUCGUUUGCGCGUUGCCUUGAUCCGGAGAUCUGCCGCGCCUGCUGCUGGCAACGGCAGCGAUGGUAGGAGCUCGACGCUGACCCCACACCCCGUAGUGGCACGAGCCGAGGCGUCUGUCUUCGCUCUCGGAUUUCAGCGUGGUUUGGAGGGCCCCAUUGUCGGUCUCAGCAUUCUUCCUCAGGUCCCCCUGGAUUUGGCAGCAGCAGCGGCGCAGCAGGUGCCAGCCCUGAGACGUGAAGGCCGCUCCUUCCUCCUGCUCUUAGCGGCCCUUCAAAAGGGCGGACUGCUGCCAUUUGUGCUCUACCCGGACUGCGGAGCUGAGACCCUUGGUAGCAGCAAUAGCAGUUCUUGCAGCGCCAGCAUCAAGAGUAUCGGGAAGGGGGCACCCUGGGUCUUGCAGCCACUCUCUCCUCUGACGUCCCCACACCGCACAGGCCGCAUCGAGGACCUCCUGAUGCCACGUGCCGCCUAUUCCUUUAGGCCUCUGGCUCCCAAUGCUUCAUCACCAGACAUAUUAUUGGCGGCCUUAGCAACAGCGAAAGCCACUUCAGCUGUAAUUCCUCCCAGUGCUGGUGGAGAGGCUGCUACACCACGCAGAUGCGAGCAGCAACCGCAGUCCAAUGGGUUUUCUGCUCUAGAGACGCAGCAUCAGCAACAACAGAGGCAGUGGCAGCAACUGGAGACCCGUAAGGACAACUGGGCAGAGGACGGAGACCCUUCCAGCACUCUGUGCCCACCCAGCGUGAGGGCUCGCAGGGUCCACAACCUCUUGAGCCGCCGCCUGUUAGCGCUAAUGCCAUCCCAGUGCGGCGCUCUGCUAUUCCUAGUAGUCCAACAGAACGACGUGCACCUGCAGCUCGCUGUUGCGCCUCUUACCGUUUCCCCGGCCGUCGUGGCCCUGCACUCCCUCAAGACCCAUCUUCUUGAGCUCCUGGAAACUGCAGGGGCUGUAGGGCUGAGUCAGCCGGAAAGAGGUGCCUCCGAGCCUCUCUGUGCAUUUAGGAAAGGAAAGGAACUAAACGAGGACUCUAGCGCUGUUGCUUCGGCCGCUUCUGUGGCACGCUGUUGCGUGGACGCGCAGGGCCUGUGGGCUCUCCACUUGGCACUGAGAGGCCCCUUUCAGCGGCCACCGAAUCCGGGACGGCCGGCCUCGCGUGCUUCUGGAGAAAAGGGAGGCCCUGGGAGCGAGACCCCGUCUAAGAGGCGCAGCGGCAAGGAGACUCUACCCCGUGAAUGGUUGAGUGACGAGGAGGAACUCUCAGCGGCCUCCGAUGAGAAGGACCCCACGCUGGGGGCAGCUCACGUGGAAAGGAUCUCAGGGCUGCCCUCUUCCUCAGGGAUCUUAGGAAGUCCGGGGGCCCCAUCGGGUAGUGCCAAGGAGCUAAGUUCACACUCCGCCGCAGCAACAGCGGUGUCUCUGAGAGAGCUCUUUUGGAACAAGCACGCAGAGUCGUCACACAUCGUGCGCCCUGAAGGCUUUUCCGGGACCCCAGCGGCCGUGCGAAGCGUCCUCAGACGUAUCUGGGGAGAAUCCUUGCAGGGAGAGCCUGCGGCCCUCGCGCAGUUUGACAUUGGAGAUGGCCCUCUUGGGCGCCAAGCCAUCCUUCUGUUGCUUCAGCAUUUACGGGCAGUAUCUGCUUGUCUAAUGCCUCCCCACUCCUUUUCGGCCAGCGCAUCCCUGUUAAGAAAGGCUCCACCUAGCCCUCAACGGUUGGCGUCACUGGUGCUCUCGCAAGCACCUGUCGUCGAAGCAGAGUUACCAGAGCGCUUUUCACGAGAGGAGCCAUUAAACGGCAGUAGCUGCGAUUUCGAAGAAGCUACUGCACCUGGUCAGGCUUCCUGGCGCUGCGUCUCUUCACCACCACAGGUGAUCACAGUGCAAGACGCAAACGUGCAGGAGUUUUUGUCAGAUGCAGCUUGGUGGGUGAGCCCUCAAGGAGUAGCAGCUGCUGCGGCACGAAAGCACGGAGAGGCCGUUCUUCCAGCGUGUCCUCUAUGCAAUGAAGAAGGAUGCAAGAGCUCGGAUUCCUUCCGUUGCUAUGUGUGCUUGGCCUACGGCCAUCGCUUUCCGGCUUGUGCCCAGUGUCUCAGGUGUCUGUUCACCGGAGGAAAGGGCUGUGCGGGCUCACCGUUGCCGCAUAUAGCUCGCUCGUCUGCUCUUGCAGCUGGGGGAGGAAGGGCAGCAUCAAAGCUGACAGAAAGUGGAGCUACGGGGCACAACCUCUCGUUCUUUUACUGUCUCCUCUGCGGAGCUUUCGUGUGUGGCGGCGAGUUGCCUGAGCCCGGAGCCUCUCAGGGGUGUGGUUGGGCUCCCGAGGACGCCGCCUGUGCACGCAGCGGGCGGUGUUGCCCCCUCUGCAGGGGAGUUCUCCGCCUGGCAAGCGUGGCAGAGUGCUGGCGCUCACGCCCCUUAGCUGUUCCUAGGGAUUUAAGCCCUCCGGGCCCUUGGGGGCCACACAGCGGGGUGGCAGUGGGAGUUGUCCCAGUUCAUACAGCAGCCAAAAACGAACUGCAGCGUCGAGAGGGUAGCUUUCCUGUCACCCCCCUAUAA